UCGAUCGCCCGUUUUCUUUCUACGGAAGUCUAACAUCUUGUGUGUGGAGUAAUAUCGACACAUCAUGUUGGGAACCGUACUAGAAAGUCUGAGUGACCGUAGAUUAGGCAGAUUUCUCGUCCUUCUGUUGCUAUGCCAAGCUUUGUGCUUUAUAAUUGGCAGUCUCGUCGCACCUGCACCGUCCUCUGUGAUGUCCAUGUUAGGCACAAAAUGCAUUGACAAGAACUACAACAGCACAAAGUGGUACUGGCGUCGCGGAAAGCAGCCGUGCGAAAGCAUUGGUGACUUCGACAGCCCCAUCGUUGAGGAGCAGAUGAUCACUGCCAAUCACAUCAUCUUCAGUUUCCAGAUUCCUAUCCCCAAGGAUGGCUUUGUCCUGGACUAUUCCCGCUGGCAACAGAGCCUGACUGCUGCGCUGUAUCUGGAUAUGCCCUAUAGUGAGGGGGAUGGACCAGCACCAGAUGCCGUGAUGACCCUAGAUGCUCGCUUGGGCUACAGCGACCGAGGGGACCCAGCGGGAAAAUGGACAGAAUAUGCCUCGUCUAAAGAGUAUAGACAUCUAGCAUGUUCUAUCGCGCAGAAAAGGCCAGGGUCCAUGUACAGUUGCUCUCCUGUGCCGCUUUUUAGACUGGGAUCUCUACACCAUGACUUCUAUCUCUUGAAUAUCCGACUGCCAGUGGACAUGUUCGAUACGUCCGAAGAAACUGGUAUGAACACAAAACUCGGCCAAAUCAAUGACAUGUGGGUUUCGUUCAUCCACCAGAACGGGGGCUUCACCAAAGUAUGGUUGUCCCUCAAAACCAUCUUUUUCCCGGUGGUUUUAGUCACCGUCCUCUGGUUCUGGCGCCGUGUGGCCCAGCUUCCCCGGCCGCCAACCCUCCUAGAGAACAUACUGGUGCUUCUUGGGGCUUCUCUCUCGCAGCUGAAUUGUCCACUGGAGUACCUGACCUUGGCACUCGACUGCCCGUGGAUGCCUCUUCUCAAUGACCUCAGGCAUGGGUUUUUCUAUGCCACGCUCCUCCCCUUUUGGCUUAUCUUUAUCGGAGAACACAUAAUGACUGAUAAUAAGGCCAUAUCCCGCGGCCUCUACGUUCUCGGCGUUCUUCUAGUCUUAUCAGGGUGUUUGGUGCCGUUCGCCUUCGACUGCGUGCAUUAUGGACGUCAGCUCAGCAACCCUUUCUAUGCCCAGCGGGCCUCGGGUACACUAGCAAUGGGCAUGGCAGUCUUAAAGUGCAUCUUGGGAGGAGUCUACUUCUGUUUUCUUUCGUAUCUGAUCUGGAAGGCAUUCACAGACAUCGGAAGAAGAUAUCAGUCACUGGCGAAUAAAGAUCAGCCUAAUGAAUUAAGUAGGCCUACCUUUAAACGUUACAGGGCUAUGAUGGCAGCGACUCACAUUUGUGCCGCACUUACCAUCAUUUUCAUCGUCCUUUUAAGGGUCUCGGAGGCGCAGGCGACCGGGUACGAAAACAUCAAGCUGGAAUACACGAGCGGCUUCUUCACUGGAGUUUAUGGCACGUGGAACAUUUACACUUUCUCUCUCCUCUGCCUCUAUGCUCCUUCGCGAAUACAUGCAUGAGCAAAAUGUGAUGAAUACAUAAGUAGAUACAUGAGUAGGAAUAUGUCCUAGGGGAGGAAAAGAUGUUACGUGAUGUAUGUCAGAGGUUUUAGGUAUUUUUUAAACCAGUGGUUCCCAACCUUUUGUACGCUUGCACCCCUAGGAAAAUUUUACCGUGUCCUCGCACCCCCUUUAAAUUUAUAAUUCAUUUGAGAAGGUGAAUUUAUACUAAAUUUUAUCAACAAAAGAAAACAUUAUUUUUCAUUUCUUAACAAUAAGCUAACAAAAAUCAAACAUGGACAAGAAAACAUGUUGAAUAAACCCUACAAAAAAUCACUUGCUUGAAAUACCUACAUAUAAAAAUCAAGAACUAACUUUAAAACGUUUAUAGAAAUGAAUUUCCAGUUCAGUGGCUCUUUUCUUCCUGUUUCUUGAUUAUGUGUAAUAAAUAGAUUAACUGCCUGUCUUCAAGAUGGACACUUCUCACACCCCUUGGAAUACUGUCUGACACUCCCAGGAAACCCUGAUUUAAACCAAUAAACAUUAUAAACCUUGCUUCAGACUGCCUUUCGUCGGUUUGUUUACUUAGUUGUGUCACUCGGAGCUUUACCGGAGUGUAGACUUUCCCGACACGAAAGCCAGAUUGAUGUAAAUAAGAAAGACAUUUAAAAAGGAGGUUAUUAAAAGGACAUUGAAGCAAAGACAAACACAAAAAUCGAAAGCCUCUAAAAUUUACGUGUAUGUUAAAUUAAAAUAAAAUUGCAAAAGUGAAUAAAGGCAAAUUAAGAUAGAUAAAUGGAUAAAUGAAUAGUAAUAAUAAUGGAAGAAAUAGACAGGAAGACGAAAACAGGGUUUGAAUGUUCUCCUGACGUUACGAAUCUAUAAAAAUCGACGUAUUCUUUCUCUUUCUCUCAUUGCAUCUCACAUUUGUCUUUUUUUCUUUUCCUGUUAGUCUGUGUAUUCUUUCUUUUUCUCUCUUGACGUGUUUUUCCUUUAUGUGGAUGUUUGUCUUUUAAGGAAGAUGACAUGUCUUUGAAUCUUUGUUUGUCUUUUAAGGAAGAUGACAUGUC